CCAAACUGAAGUUUUCCAGCCAUGUUUCGUCAGCGCGAGGAUGUCCUCCAAAGAAAAUCCAGUGAAAAAGUGAUCCACCCAGGCGAGGCCUCUGAUUGGAGAAUCCCCAGGCAGAUGGGAUCCUUAGGUCCAAAGGCAAUGAUCACUGGUGGUACGGGAUAUAGUGGAUUCCACCUGAGCCGUGUUCUCCUCCAGGAAGGGAUUGGUGUGGUUCUGCUUGAUAGACGUGAACCUAAAUGGGAGCUCCCCAAGGGAGCGGUCUUCUUCCAGGCCGAUGUGUGUGAUUAUGAGAAAGUCUUCCAAGCUAGUGAGGGAAUCGACACCAUUUAUCAUCUGGCCAGCUUUGGCAUGUCUGGAGGCGAGCAACUCAAAAAGAUAAAAGAGAUUGACUCCAUCAACGUGGGAGGAACAAAGGUUAUCAUUGAUGUUUGCAAAUCAAGAAACAUUUCCAAAUUGAUCUAUGGCAGUUCAAUGACUGUUAUAUUUGGAGGGGAUCCAAUUGAAGAUGGAGAUGAAACAUUGCCGUAUUAUCCACUUGAAAAGCAACCUGACAAUUAUUCUAAAUCCAAAACAAUUGCAGAGCAGAUGAUUCUAGCUGCCAAUGGAGCCCCACUUCAGGACGGGGAGACGCUGCGAACGUGUGCCCUUCGCCCGCCAGGAAUCUACGGUCCAGGAGACAACAAACACAUUUCCCGUUUCAUUAAAAUUAUCCAGGACUAUUUACUGUACGUCACCUUGGAUACCACGGGCACAUGGACAAACUGGGUUCAUAUUUAUAAUUUAACUCAAGCCUACCUCCUUGCCCGAAGAGCUCUAACAGCAGAGAGAAAUUUCAUUGCCAGUGGUCAAGCCUAUUUUAUAAAUGAUGGAGAAAAGAUCAAUUUUUUCAAAUGGAUAUCAGUUCUGUAUGAAAAGCUGGGUCAUCCGAAGCCAAGACUGGUUCUGCCUGGGUAUUGUUUGAAAGUCACAGUUACCUUGUUGGAAUACCUCUCUUGGCUUCUUCACCCCAUAUUUAAUUUCAUGCCAUUCCUGACCAAAAGAGAGGUUGUUUUCAGCCAUUUUGAGGCUGUUUUCAGGCAGUCUGGCGCCCACGAAGACUAG